UGUUCCCCAGAUAAAGUCUCUCCAUAUCUCGUGCUGUGCUCGUGUGUGUUGUGUCGGACACGCGGCUAGGGAUGGGAACGUAACUUCACGACGGCAGCAGCAGCAGCGGCAUCAGCAGCGGCAGCAGCAGCAGCAGCGUACGGAGUCGAACCGGCGCUUUCUUUGCCUCCUCCUCGCAGCGGAUUUUACAAAAAGAGUCCCCGGAGCCUGCGCUGGCAUUCAGCACCCUGGACAGCGACUUCAGAACCCUGGACAGAGACUUCCGCAGCCUGGACAGCGACUGUAUCGGGCUGUAGGAGAGGCUGGCACGUGGUAAUACGAGGAAGAAAGGAUGGAUCUUCAGCCCACUGUAAGAGCCUCCCCCCGGGGAAGCCAUCGUUGGACACAAGUCCUCGUGGGCUGUUGACCUGCUGUCUCUGUGAUUUAUGGCGGCUGGAGGCCUCUGGCCACUGCAGCCUCCUCUCCUCUCGUUCCUCCAUUUCCCUUCGCACACACCGCAGGAUUGCAAGGAGCCACACACACCGCGCCACCUUCUAGAGGAAUAUCCAAAGAGAAACUCCUCGUGCAUGCCAAGCAUCAGCACGGGCACGCACACAAAUACACCUGCAAGCUACUCGGUUGCUUUCUACACCGUCUCAUACAAAAAGAAACACCAUAAACAUUUCCCGACUGCGGUACUGUGUCCCGCAAUCCCAUCACAUGUAUAUUAAACCAGACGCUCUCUGAGAACGUUCUCCCCUUUGACUGUGUGUGGAUUACCAUCAGUCAUGGUAUGUCAGCUGUAAAGCCCUGGGUGUAGCUGCUGGUCAGUGCAGGGUUGGAUCAAUGGAAGUGCGCUGAGUAAUGAGGUGAUGUUCCUGUUUUCUCAUGGUCUGAGAGCGAUCAGCAGCCAGCAUCUCUCCUCUGACGACACACAGAUCCGCUUCUAACCAUCCGUCUUUGACUAUUAGUUGAAGUGACUUAUGUUAUCAUUUUAACGUUAGACGCCCCGUUGCUAGGAGUUUUCUCCUGUGCACACCGGAGCUGUCAGAUCCCCUUAAGUACCCUUCUCUCUGCAGCUAUAAAGGAUUGGAGGGGACUCGGUGUCACGUUGACCCUCUGGACUUAUCCGUUUCUCCUUUUGAAAGCUGUGCACGGGGAGCGAGAGCCAGACAGUGACCUCGCCAUGGUGUUGCCGCCCCCAGACAAACGCCACGUGUGCCUGACCACCAUCGUCAUCAUGACCAGCAUGGCCUUCAUGGAUGCCUACCUGGUGGAGCAGAACCAAGGUCCCAGAAAAAUCGGUGUGUGCAUUAUAGUACUGGUCGGGGACGUGUGUUUCCUCAUAGUUUUACGAUAUGUGGCGGUGUGGGUCGGUGCAGAGGUGCGCACCGCCCGGCGAGGAUACGCCAUGAUCCUGUGGUUUCUGUACAUCUUUGUCCUGGAGAUCAAACUCUACUUUGUCUUCCAGAAUUGCAAAGCCGACAGGAAGAGUCUAGAGACAGUAGCACGAAAAGCUUUGACUUUAUUAUUAUCCGUGUGCGUGCCGGGUUUAUACCUGAUUUUAGUGGCUCUGGAUAGUAUGGAAUAUGUAAGAACUUUCAGAAAGAAGGAGGACAUGAGGAGCCGCCUGUUCUGGGUGGCUCUGGACCUGCUGGACCUGCUCGACAUCCAGGCAAACCUGUGGGAGCCGCAGCGUACGGGCCUGCCAAUCUGGGCCGAGGGCCUGAUGUUCUUCUACUGCUACAUCCUGCUGCUCAUCCUGCCCUGCGUGUCGCUCAGCGAGAUCAGCAUGCAGGGGGAACACAUGACGCCCCAGAAGAUGAUGCUGUACCCGGUCCUGAGCCUGGUCACCAUAAACGUGGUCACCAUCCUUAUACGUGGCGUGAACAUGGUGUUGUUUCAGGACAGCCGCGUAUCCACCAUCUUCGUCGGCAAGAAUGUAGUGGCCAUCGCCACCAAGGCGUCCACCUUCCUGGAAUACCGCAAGCAGGUGAAGGAGUUCCCCCACCCGCAGAACGCCAUGGCACUGGAGCUGCAGCAGAACUCUGUCAGCCACACGCAGCCGCUGCCCAACACCACCAGUUUGCCCCAUGAACCUUCGCCAGCGCAGGACGUCAUUGACACAUGACUGCCAGCUCUGGACUCCAUACCGACGGAACCUGACUGCUUUUUGUGAAAAACUCCAGCAGUGGAGGUAGAUAGAGAAUUCAGCUGCAUGACAGGACGAUAUCCUGUUCUUGUCGAGCUCACACAAACUGCUGUGAAACCAUUAAAGAGAUUUUCAGCAUCACCUGCCUGUCAGAACGUACUGUAAAACUUGACACUUAACUCACUUGAGUGCAGACUUUGAAAAUCAAGAUAAAGGGGUUUUUAUUGUGGUGUUGUGUUUUUAAUUGUUUAAAAUGUUUUCCGACCUAAUUGAGAGACAAUCUCCGCAGCGUGCAGCCCGGUGACAUCAUUUUGUGUAAAAUGAACAGUUGGUUUCGCCCUUGGUGAGAAUCUGUAGUGUUUUAUGUUUUGUUUUUUUUUUUAAAGGUAAUUUUUUUCCCCGACGUGCAUCUGUGGCAUUUCCUUU